AAUUACCCAACACUAAAGCCGAAGGCAGAUAUCGACGCGCUGUUUAAAUUGUUUCUUUGAAAAUAUUUAAUAUUAUUUAAAUGAUUGCUGCCCACUUCAAUUGCUAUAUUAAUUGCAUAAUUAAAGCACAUGACAGGAGCAUGCUGAUCACGUUGCAAGACUGAUUAAUUUCGUUAAACAUUUUGCGCGCGAAUUGUUGUUGGAGAAACACACAAAAUAAGAAGAUAAAACAGAAGUUAAAGGAUAACAUGGAACACGCUGAUGUGGCGGCUUCGCAUAUUGAGCUGCAAAUUGACUACAAAACGCCAAAGAAAACCAGUUCACUGAUCGAGAGUGAGGCAUUGUUGGAUAAAAUCAACAUCUUAACCACCAAACCGGAGAAUCAAUCGCACAAUGCCAAGCUGCCCACCAUUAAGGAUUUUGUGAUUAUUAAACCCAUCAGCCGUGGAGCAUUCGGCAAGGUGUUCCUGGGCUACAAGCUCAAUGAUCCCAACAAACUGUUUGCCAUCAAGGUGAUGCGCAAGUCGGAGAUGAUCAACAAGAACAUGGUAUCCCAGGUGAUAACCGAACGGAACGCCUUGGCGCUGUCCCGCUCACCAUUCUGUGUGAAUCUGUUUUACUCGCUGCAAUCGCUGUCCUCCGUUUACCUGGUCAUGGAGUACAUGGUGGGUGGUGAUCUCAAGUCACUGCUGGCCAUGUACGGUUACUUUGACGAGGCGACGGCUCGCUUCUAUGUGGCCGAAACAGUCAUGGCUCUGCAGUAUCUACAUCAGCACGGGAUUGUCCAUCGCGACAUUAAGCCGGACAACAUGCUCAUCUCGUCCACGGGCCAUGUUAAGCUGACGGACUUUGGUCUGAGCAAAAUUGAAAUGCGUCGCGAUCUGGAGAUAUCCGAUCUCAUCAACUGUUCGCCUAAUCUGAAUGCCCGCACUCCUGGCCAGCUGUUGUCGCUCACCUCGCAUUUGUCCUUCGGAUCCGAUAAGAAAGUGCACGAUUACGGCGCUGUCGGAGGAUGUGCCACGAUGCCAGUUAACGGCACGGGAACCUCACACUUAAUGCAGGCCAUCAACAAGCACAGUCUGAUCAUGGAGUCAUCUGACAGCGAGGCAGACACAUCCCUCAACGACGCUGAGAAGACGAACGACAGUAAAAUCUCUGGUGUUUCACCAUUUUUCUCCGCUGAAGAGGUCAACGUGUCCAUCACGCACACCUGUACCACCAAUACCAACCUUCUGGACAGCAGUUCGUCCUCGUAUCACACCUGCACAUCGGCGGAGAUUAGCAAGAGCUCACCGCCACUGGAGGAGGCAACAGCCGCGGGCGGGGCUCCUCCGGCAACCAGCAAGCGACGCGUCGAGUUUGUCCUGGACAACAUCAGUGCCAAUGCACGCAGCAAUUGCCAGGGCUGCAAAUUGGCCGAGCAGGACAAAAACAACAUUGUUGCCAACAGCGACUCUAAAGAUGUCGCCAAGUUGGAAAACACAAACGAAGUCUCGUUUGAGUUUUCCAUGGUGCGCCGGCGUUCGCUCGACGAGCGCAAUCGGAACUUAAAGCUGCAGGAGGACUCCGGUGUGUCAAGUCGAAAGGGUGAUGAUAAUUCGAGUUGUCAUCUAAAUCUGAAUAGCGAAAGCACCGCUUCUUCCAUUGAGAAGCAUACUGAGAAUCUCAGUCAUUCGAAGGAGGAGUACAGCUGCUCCGACUACUCACGCAGCUAUAACUUGACAAACAACGCCAAUGAGCUAAGUGGAAUACGCAUGAAUUCCCCGUUUCGUAAUCUCUCAAAGCAUUUCAAGCGACCUGAUUUUCUGCGCGGCAUGAAGCGUAAAAUCAAUCUGGUCAAUCGAUCAGAUAAUAUGUCCAGUAUGGAAGUCGAUGGACACGGCAAUUCUAGUGCUAGCACCGGCUUAACCCAAGAGAUCGAGAUACUAAAUAUUGGCAGCAGCACACCAAAGAAACGCAAGGCACGUUCAUCGCCCAUUCGGGGAGUGCUUAAGGUGCGUUCCCUCUCCGACGACGAGCUGCCCAUGCAACAUCUGCUGGGCCCCGAAGCCAGCGUUGCCAAUGUGGUCUUCUCGACACCAGUGUCCUCACAGAAGUUGCCACGGCGCGAUGGCGGUCUGCUGGGCAAGCUGAAGGCUACAAGAUUCGCCCUGCCGCUGUCCAUUGAGAACAAAAAGCGUGAGCAUGCGACCCAGGAGAAGCUGUCCAGUGUGCAGUAUCAUCUAAAGCUGGCCGAUGAUCCGACAAUGUCGCCUAUUAACCAUGGUGUUGGUAGCGUGCCCAAGACGCCCAAAAACACAAACAUGAACAUAAAUACACCGUUUCGAACGCCCAAAUCUGUGCGACGUGGCAUGCGGGUCUCUAAUGAACGCAUCCUUGGCACACCCGACUACUUGGCGCCGGAAUUACUGAUGAAACAGGGACAUGGUCCUGCCGUCGACUGGUGGGCGCUGGGCGUGUGCUUUUACGAGUUCAUGACCGGCAUACCGCCUUUUAAUGAUGAAACGCCUCAGAAAGUAUUUGACAACAUUCUUAACAAAAACAUUGAAUGGCCCGAAGGCGAUGAGGCUUUGUCGACGGAAGCCAUGGAGGCUGUGGAACUGAUGUUGACCAUGGAUCCCGCGGAGCGUCCAGCUGCCAAGGAAGUGCAACAGAUGCGGUACUUUGUCGGCAUCGAUUGGGAGAACAUUGGUCACAUGGAGCCACCGUUUGUGCCCACUCCUGACAAUCCUACCGACACCGGCUACUUUGAGGCGCGCAAUAAUCUACAGCAUCUGCAGCUAUCCAACUUUGCACUGGAUGAUUGAAGGUCGUCUCUUGCACGAGUUAAUUAGAUUUUAAUGUUUUAAGUGUUAUUUAUAUGCCAUAUAUAGAAAUUUGCGCUUGUGUCAUUUUAUUUAUAUAUAUAUAUUUCUUUGUUAUCGUUCGAUUAGCUCAAUAUUUGUAUACUCGUAAUCAAUGUAAUCCUUAUUGUACCAUUCGAAAUGUUUCGCCAUCGUUAAGGCGAUCAUGUUUAACGCUCGAUUUCGGGUUUGUUACUGUAACUACGCUUAAAAAAAUAGCUUCAAGUAUACAUGCUAGAAACUGAUUAAAUUAUACUAAUUAUACUCUUAA